CCGACUUUAGUAUUACGCGAGGAAGUCACGGAUAACGAAAAUCUUCGUGUACCAGUGAACCAAUAACCUUAAAUGGUGGAAAACUGUGCGUUUUAUUAACUGUUUUAAAAUGUUAAGCGGUGUUUUCAUUUAUGCGACGUUACUCUUAGGAUCCAUCACCGCAACAGGUCCAUCUCUAAGAAGUACUUCAUCUGCAAAUAUUUUAGACUGUCCAAAUUGUGUAGAAGAAGAUGCACGCUCAACUAGUAGGUGGACUAUGCCUUUACUAAAAUUAGGAGAAAAACGUUACUAUUUAGGAAUAUUUUUUAAGGCUAACUAUUAUAGAGCAACACAGUAUUGCCGAUUUCAUGGGAUGCAUUUAGCCAGUAUCACUUCCCAAGAGGAAAAUGACAAACUAGAAAAACAUAUUAAAGACUCCGGUUUCGGCCAUGAACAUUUCUGGACUUCUGGAACUGAUUUAGCGGAAGAAGGAAAAUUUUUCUGGAUGUCAACGGGUCGUCCCAUUACGUUUACUAAUUGGAAUGCAGGAGAACCAAAUAACUUUGAAUAUGAAAAUGGAGAACAGGAAAACUGUCUAGAAUUAUGGAACAGAGAUGGAAAAGGACUUAAAUGGAACGACUCACCUUGUUCAUUUGAGACAUAUUUCGUUUGUGAAGUGCAGCCGUGAAAAAUUAAAUAUAGUUUAGACUUGUUUGUAUUAACUUGUUUUAUAUUUAUAAUGUUAUGUUAAUUAGGUAUAAGAGUAUGUAAACUUUACCAAAAAUAUUUUUUUAAAUAAACUGUUAAAAAUUA